AUGUCCUUCCUCCUUCCAGGACGUAGUUUUUUACUGGACGUUAAAGACCCACAGUCGUCGCUUCGUGUCUUUAAAGAUGACACGGUGGAGGGACUUGUGGCGGAUGAUUUUGUCACGGAGCAGAAGUUCUACAACUCGUCAGACGGCACACGGAUUCCGAUGUUUGUUGUUUACAGAAAAGGCAGUGUAACCUCCAACUCGCCGCUGUUGUUGUACGGUUACGGUGGCUUCAAUAUUUCUUUGACACCUGCAUUCAGCGCCUCACGGAUGGUGUUUUUGAGAAACCUUGACGGUGUACUCGCGGUACCGAAUAUCCGUGGUGGUGGUGAGUACGGCGAGGACUGGCACAACGCCGGUCGACGAGCCUGUAAACAGAACUGUUUUACAGACUUCAUUGAGGGAGCCAAAUUCCUGCACCGCCACGGCUACGGCUCUCCACAGACAACUGCCAUCAUGGGUGGCUCAAAUGGUGGGCUGCUUGUUGCGGCAGUGGCGAACCAAGCCCCAGAGCUGUUUCGUUGUGUUGUCUGCCAAGUGGGGGUGUUGGAUAUGUACAAGUUUCACAGGUUUACUAUUGGGCAUGCGUGGAAGUCCGACUAUGGUGAUCCAGACAAGGAAGAGGAUUUCAAGGUUCUGCAACAAUACAGUCCACUACACAAUAUUAAAUCUGGUAUCAAAUAUCCCGCCAUCUUGGUGGUGACAGGCGACCACGACGACCGGGUGGUGCCACUACACUCACUAAAGUAUGUGGCAACGCUACAACAUGCAAACCCAACCGAAGGUGGGCCUUUCUUGGCGCGCAUUGAGACGGCAGCGGGUCACGGUGCAGGCAAACCGACGAGCAAGAUACUGCACGAGACAGGCGAUAUUUACACAUUUAUCGCCAAGAGUAUCCAUGCGUCGUGGAAAGAAUAG